CUGGGCUCAGUGAGCUAGAUUCGGUAAUUUCACCCAUACAUAGCCAACACUUAACAGUCACACACUCACACACUCACAAUAUAUAUAUAUAUAGAUAUAUAUACAUACAGCGCCAUCAUGCCCGUCUCAGACUUCUCCACGCCGGAGAAAUACACCUACCUCAAUGGCUUCGGCUCCUAUCACGAGUCGGAAGCCAUUGAAGGCGCCUUGCCAAUCGGGCAGAACUCGCCACAGAUGCCCUCCUAUGGCCUCUACGCAGAGAAGCUCUCCGGCACAGCCUUUACCGCUCCUCGCCAUGAGAACCAGCAAACAUGGCUCUACCGGAUCUUACCCUCAGCCGCCCACCAACCCUUCGUCGAAGUAGACUCCUCCACCUACCACACCAGCCUGUCCAAGGAUGCCAGCUCUCUCAAACAGAUCCCUAACCAGCUGCGGUGGAACCCCUUCGAUUUCAACGAGGACGUUGACUGGGUGAAUGGGCUGCAUCUGGUUGCUGGCGCAGGAGAACCUGCAAUGAAGACUGGCUUGGGAAUCCUCAUCUUUGCUGUAGGCAAGGACAUGGGCAAUGAAGCGUUUUAUUCGGCGGACGGGGACUUUCUGAUCGUGCCGCAGCAUGGUGUUUUGGAUAUCCAGACUGAGCUGGGGAAACUCCUCGUGCGUCCGAAUGAGAUUUGUGUCAUUCCCCGCGGUGUUAGAUACCGCGUCGCUCUCCCCACCGGCCCUGCCCGCGGCUACAUCUGUGAACUCUACCAGGGCCACUACCAACUCCCCGAACUGGGCCCUAUCGGCUCCAACGGACUCGCCAACGCCCGCGACUUCCAAGCCCCAACCGCCUGCUUCAUCGACGACGAAGACGAUGAAGCCGUCGCCAAAGGCGCUACACGACCCGAAUGGCGCCUCCACAGCAAAUUCAACAAUACCCUCUUCACCGCCCGCCAAUCGCACACCCCCUUUGACGUCGUCGCCUGGCACGGCAACUACUACCCCUACAAAUACGAUCUAGGCCGCUUCAACACCAUCGGCUCCAUCUCCUUCGACCACCCGGAUCCAUCCAUCUUCACCGUCCUCACGGGUCCCUCAGACCACGUCGGCACGGCCAUUGCGGACUUUGUGAUCUUCCCCCCGCGCUGGCUGGUGGCCGAACACACCUUCCGCCCGCCCUGGUACCACCGCAACACGAUGUCAGAGUUCAUGGGCCUGAUUUCCGGUGAUUAUGAUGCGAAGAUUGGCGGGGGGUUCCGACCUGCGGGGGCCAGUUUGCAUAAUGUGAUGAGCGCGCAUGGGCCGGAUGCGCAGACGCAUCAGGCGGCGAGUCAGGCGGAGUUGUCGCCGAAGAAGGUUGGGCAGGGGAGUUUGGCGUUUAUGUUUGAGAGUUGCUUGAUGGUUGGGGUGUCAGAGUGGGGGCUGAAGACGUGUCAGAAGGUGCGGGAGGAUUAUAACGCUGAGAGCUGGAUGCCGUUGAAGCGUAAUUUCCAGAAUCCGAAGAAGAAGGGGCUGGUAGUUAGUUGAUUUGAUUGUAGGUUAUAACGUUUACGCUCAUCAUGAGUGGGUUAGUAGCUAUUUUCGACAAUUUCGAUAUAUCACUCACGUUGUUACGUAUUUUACUUCAAUAGCAAGGAAUAGUUAAAGUGGACGAUUUGAUUUAUGAUAUUCAACUUCUUCCGAACUGUGCAUCUUAGCCAGAUACCACCACCACACCCAAUGCCAAUCAAUCACUGCAAUCUAAUCUAAUACAUUAUUAAGUUACAUAUAUACUGUGUGUACCUCCCCCAGAAUAAACAAUACAUAAAAAAGGCAACGACUCAACCAAACAAACAAAUGCACCACUACCACCACCAUACCCCCGACAUAUAUCUACACCACAAAACCCUCCCCCUCCCCCUCCCCCUCCCCCUCCCCCCGGUGAACCAUCAUCUCCUUCCUCAUCGCCUCCUUAACAAUCGCCCCACACAUCUUCGCAUACGGGUUCGUCUUAACCGCCAUCUGGCGCGCAAUCUCGUUCCCAUACCGCCCGCCCAACUGGAAAUCCAUACUGGCCAUCUCCUCCAGGUGCUGGGCGGAUUUGUCGCGGAGGUGCACGGGUAGAGUUGUUAGUGUGGCAGUGCCAGGGGUAGUAUUAUCAUUAUUAUUAUUAUUACUAUUAUUAUUAUUCUUCUUCUUAGAGGGAGGAGAUGGUUUGGAGUCGAGGGCCCGCGCGGCGCGGUAGACGAUGUAGGCGCGGUGGGUGUGGGCGUUUGCGAGGAUGCGGGCGUGGAGGGGGCUGAGGGGGGAUGGAUGCUGUGAUGCGGAAGAGAGGGAGGGAGAGUACGAGGAAGAGGAAGGAGAUGGGCUAAGUAGUGAAAUGACCGUCGAGAGGUCGGCGAAGAUCAUGUUUGCCAAUUCCCUUUGCUCCUCCUCAUCCUUCUCGUUCCCAUCCAUCCCACUCUCUACCAGCAUCCUCGCCGCCUGUGCCCGAUUCACAUACGCAGACGCAUACCCCUUGUUCUCCUCAAUGAUGGCUGUCAGCUUCGCCACGGCCGCUCUUAUCUUGUUGGCAUCUCUGAUUGUGUCUCUGCCUGUUGUCUCUGCCUGCAAGGGGAGUAUCGCGGCGCGUUCCAGCGCUUGUAGUUUUGAGAGUUCGGCGGGGGAUAUGCCGGGGAGCUGCUGAGGAAGGGAAGAGUCGAGGUGGAUUCCGGUAGAAGCGUUUGAAAGGGAAGAUUCGGCGUCGAAGAGGGCUUGGAGGACGGCGGAGUCGUUGGCGGAGAGAUGGGGGGCUGAGGCGGUUACUGCUGUCGUUGCGGUUGCCAUUUUUAGCGGUAGUAUUCUAGAUUAUAUUAAUUUGUGGUAUUGGUUAUAGUUAAUUUGACAUUUGACAACUAUUUCAUAGUUGAUGCUGGAGGGUGUUUAGUUGGGGAGCAAAUAAUAUGUCUCUCUAUAUAUUUUAAUAUAUA